UCCCAGAAUCCCUCCGCACACACGUAUGGCGACUAGGGGCGGAUCGUAGCUAAGUUCCUCUAAAACGCCGCAUUAUGAGCAUUCGCUCGGCUCGCGUGUGUCCGUGUGUCUUGUUGGAGUGCGAAGCGACGGCCGUGCGGAGGCUCUGAGGCGUUUCCACGGGUUCCGGACGCCUGUGUGUCUGUGUCUGUGGUGGAAGCGGACUGGGUAACAUGGCGGACCCCGCUUCUGUGGGGAGCGGCUCGCUGAGCGCCUCGGGGACGCGCUCGGGUAGUGGUAAGACCACCACUAGCCCCGCAGAGAACUACUACCUUGCUCGUCGGCGCACCCUGCAGGUGGUGGUCAGUUCGCUGCUGACAGAAUGCGGGUUCGAGAGUGCGGAAAAGGCGGCCGUCGAGUCUCUCACAGAGAUGAUACAGAGCUACAUCUCCGAGGUGGGGCGUUCAGCUAAGUCGUACUGCGAACAUACGGCCCGGAGCACUCCCACGCUGUCUGACGUAGUGGUCACACUCAUUGAGAUGGGUUUCAACGUGGACACCCUACCCACGUACGCAAAGAGAUCACAGAGGAUGGUUAUCACCGCUCCCCCGGUGACCAAUUCCCCUGUGGUGCCCAAAGCCCUCGCUGCAGGACAGAAGCGUGUGCACCCCCCUUAUAUCCCCAGCCACCUCCCGGAUUUUCCAGACCCCCACACCUAUAUAAAAACCCCGACGUUUCGGGAGCCGGUGUCAGACUACCAAGUGCUGCGGGAGAAGGCGGCCUCCCAGCGGCGGGAUGUGGAACGAGCCCUCACGCGGUUCAUGGCCAAAACAGGCGAGACGCAGAGCCUCUUUAAGGAUGACAUCACUGCCUUCCCUCUAAUUGCGGCACGGCCGAGCUCGAUCCCUUACCUGAAUGCCCUGCUGCCCUCUGAGCUGGAGCUGCAGACGUUGGAGGAAACGGACUCCUCGGAGCAGGAUGACCAGACAGACAAUGAAAAUGCCCCCAGCAACACUGUAACUGACGAAGCAGGAGCUGACAAGGAGAACUCGGUACUGCCACCAGGUGGUGUGGUACCUGCAGUGAAACCCAGCGAGGAGACCGUGAUCGACAACCCGUACCUCCGUCCAGUUAAGAAGCCCAAAGUGAGACGGAAGAAGUGACAACUGCUUAUGGCAGGCGGACUGGGGUGGUGUGUCCUCCACGAAGCUUUUACAGCAAGACGAGUGGAACACAGAGCAUUGAUCUCAAAGAGAUCUGGACUUGCGAUAAUAUCAGGGGUCGGGGGCUGGGCUGGGCCGGGCCGGGCCGGGCCGGGCAGGGGAAAAAGCCUACUCUACUUUGUACGUUACAUCUGCUGGUAAACACAGGAAUCAUGUGAAUGCUGUGGGAGCCAACAGGAGUUUACAUGUGUGGGUUUUUUUUUUUUUUUAAACAGGUCUUUCUAUCAUUAGUGUGUUGCUUAAAAUAUAAGCGAGUUGGAUUAAAUGUUCUGUAGCUACUUUUUUGGUCCAUGAUUUUAACAUUUUUCUUUCAUCAGCAGAAAAACUUUUAUUUUUAUAAGCUUUAUUUUGUAUAUGGCUUAAGCAUCCAGUCCUAACUCAAAUGGCACGGUAUUUCUUUGUACAGCUGUUUGUGCCUACGCACAGUGAUAAAUUGAGCCCAAGCUGAGGUGAAAUGAGUCACAUUUCAACAUUUAUUACAGAACAUAAAUUACCAUUAAUCUUAAAUGUAAAAAAAAUCUGACCAGCUGGACCAUUUAGAGAUGGAAUUCUAACGUUUAAUAAACUACAGAACUGCUGCCAAACACA